AUGGUAGAGCUGCUACAAAAAGGGAAUCUGUGCCACAAAAAAAAGGACUCUUCUCUUUCAGCAGCCUUAUCCACCACAGAAUCAAACGUCAUGCCGGGCCAAACGGUGACACUGCAUUGUGCUCUCCUCACCAACCGGCGCCGCCGAUUCUGCGGUACACAGCAGCAUCGCGACAUCCGGCUGAAAUGGGUGGAUGAGGCAGGCGAUGAUGUGCUGGAAGAUUCCCAGCAUCAGAUUUGGCCUCAGUCUCCGUGCGAUGUUACUCUGACUGUUGCCCUCCAGAGAGACGACAGGAGGAAAUUUAAGUGCCAGGCGACUGUGAAUGAAGAGUUCACGGCGUCAGAGGAGAUCCCGCUCAGAGUCCCAGGUCGCAAAGGAAGAGGAAGAGGCAUGAUGAUCGAAUUAGACACAGAAGAUAAUGAAGAUUCAGGUGGCCAGCAGGAGGUGACCGGUGUGGCUGUUGGGGUGGUGGGGUGCGUGGUGCUGGCGGCGGUGGUUGCACUGUUUGUGCUGAACAGAAAAAGGGCGAAUAGACAGCUGUCUGAUGUCCCGGGUGACACAACCAGCGCUGACGAUGAUGGGAGUGCAGAUGAUGUCACCUACGCUGACAUUAAUCUCCCCACUGGCUCUGAAGCAUUGAGAGACACUGAGUACCAAGCCACAGUCUACGCCUCCAUCCGAACGGCAGCAUGAACCAGGCUAACCGGCUCCAGGCCUGGGACGUUUAGCUGCAGACUACUGCUCUUUGUUUUGGACUAAAGUUGUGCUGUGCAUCACUUACAGCACCUGUUGAAUCAGGGCUUCUGUUUUACACAUGGAAUCACAUUAAUCUCAUUGCAAAACAGUCAAAAAUUA